AUGGACCAUCAGUACGGGACACCUUUGUUUUAUGCUGCAAAGAAUGGUCAUGAGGCGGUGACCGAGAUUCUUCUCAAACAUGGAGCCAAUCCCCAUAUUGAGACCUAUGGUGACAGGGUACCCAUAUGGUGGGCUGUUGCGGGUGGGCACGUGGCAGUAGCCCGGCUUCUUAUCAUGAGGAUGAAUCCUGACGCUCCUGGCCCGAGUUGGGACUCGGAGACACUACUUAUUUUAGCAGCGAAAAACGCGCAUCUGAAGAUGGUUAAAUUCCUCCUCGAAAUCGGCGCCUGCCCUUCCACUGUGAACGCAACCAGAGAAUCGCCCAUGUAUUGGGCAACAAAAAACAACAUACUUCAGAUGAUAAAGGUUCUCAUAUACCAUGGGGCUGGAGUGAAUGGUCGAGAAAUGUAUCCCUGGACACCCUUACGUCACACUGUAGAAACUUCGAACUUCGAUAUGGUCAAAACUUUCCUUGAGAACGGCGCAAAUGUGACGAUAUCAGACCUUGUCAAAUGUGGACCGCUUCAUGUAGCGUCCAGAAAUGGCCACACCUGUAUUGUGAGAUUGCCUCUGGAACAUGGAGCUCAUGUUCAUGCGAAGGACAAGAGCGGGGAAACCCCAAUGAUGUAUGCUUCUCGCAACAAUCAUGCUCACAUCUGCGACAUUUUGUUGGAAAAGGAGGCCAUCAAUCAGCGUGACAGUGGCAAGCGCAGAACUCACCUGAAAAAAACAGACAGAUUGAUUGUUUCGCGGAGAAACCAUUGUAUUAUCACUGCCGAGCCGAGGCCUAUGAACUCUUGGAGUCGAGAUUUAGAGAGUGGCUGA